AAAAAUAUUCAAGAAAGUAAACUUGUUUCUCUAUAGUUUUCUCUUUCUUCUUCAUUUUCUUGUACACAAAAAAUGCUAGGUAAGAAGUUUGGUUCAAUGAAGAAAUUAGUGAAGAAGGCUAAGGUUAUUAGAACAACUAGUGCUAAUGAAUCACAACAUCUUGAAUAUUUGCUUGUUAAGGAUCAUGAUUAUGAUGAUCAAGAUCAAGAUCAAGAUCAUCAAGUGGCUAGUCCAACAAGUGAAAAAUCAUCAAAAAAGAUGGGGACAUUUGCAAUGUAUGUAGGGGAAGAAAGAGAGCGAUUCGCGGUGCCAACGAGCUAUCUUUCACAUCCAUUGUUCAAGAUUUUGUUGGAGAAGACAUACAAUGAGUUUGGAUUUGAGCAAACAAAUGGACUUGUUGUGCCAUGUAGUGUGGUUGCAUUUCAAGAAGUGGUCAAUGCUGUGGAGUGUUGCAACGGGAAGUUUGAUUUUGGUGAUUUGGUAGAGGAAUUUCUAUGAUUAGGUUGAUAUUUGCCAAGUUCAUGUCUAGUAUUAGAUUAGUUGGGACAUAGAUUGUUGCUUUUGUGCCUCUUUUAUAAUGUAAGUACGACGACUACUACAACAGUUCUGUCCUGAACAAGCUGGGGCCGGCUAAUACUACAACAGUUCUGUCCUGAACAAGCUGGGGCCGGCAGCUACUACAACAGUUCUGUCCUGAACAAGUUGAGGUCCGCUAAUCCUACAACAGUUUUGUGCUGAAUAAGUUGGGGUCGUCUGCUCCUACAACAGUUCUGUGCUGAACAAGUUGGGGUCGGCUGCUA